GGGAGCGCGGAGGUGACAGUGGUGGGACAGUGAAGUUUGAAACGUCAGACAGACAGAAACUGACCCAGUGAGGAGAGACGGUACGAUUCGUGAGUUAUCUCGCCAUGCCGGGUCAGGCGUACGAGCCUCUGAAUGGACCACAGAGCGAUGAGCGUACCUACCUGAUGCGGGGCGACUCUCGCCGACAGCGGGGCCUGAUUAUCGCGGCUGCAGUGGCCUCUCUGACCGCCUCCCUGCUACUCAUCACCGCCGUCUUCCUGCAGAUGGAGUACAGAGAAGCCCACCACCACGCCGAGCAGAUGGAACAGCUGUGCUCCACCACAGCGGCCCCCCAGUCCACCGCGCCGACACAGCAGGCGCCGUGCACAAGCGCGGGGUGUGUCAGAGCAGCGGCGCGGAUUCUGGACUACAUGGAUCCAUCGGUGGACCCGUGUCAGGACUUUUACCAGUUCUCGUGUGGCCAAUUUCACUUGAACCAACCGCGUCCCACGGAGGAGGCCACCUGGAACCAUUUCCUGAUGGUCAGCCGACACCAUCAGACGGUGAUGAGCGAGGAUUUGAUGUCUAGAGAGCCGGAGGACCUCGCCGGAGCGGCAGGAAAGGUCCGACAGGCCUUCCAGCAGUGCACUAACAUGACGUCACGUGACCAGGCUGGCGUGAGUCGUCUGUCGGCGGCUCUGGAGCGGAUCGGCGGCUGGCCGGCCCUGUCCUCCCUCACGGGGACCCAGUGGAACAACACCGGCUACAGAUGGUCGACGGCAGCGAUGUUGGCGCAGCGCUACACCGGCAGACUGACCGGAGCGCCGCUCGUAUAUCUAUCCGUUUCCAUCGACGAGAAAAACGCAACACGGCACCUGUUGCACGUGGAUCAGCCAUCUCUGGGCAUGACCCGCGGGAUUCUGGUGGAGCCAGAGUCUAACCCCGAGCUGCACUCUGCCUACGAGCGUCUCAUCACCGACACUCUGCUUCUGCUGCUGCCAAGGGAUGGCGAGGGACAGUCAACUGUCAACGAGACCGUCAGAGCGGCAGCACAGGAGGCUGCUGCCCAGAUUCGGCAGUUCGAGGUCCAGCUAGCCAGGCUAACCAUCGCAGCCGAGAACCGUCGAAAUAGCAGCCGGAUAUACAACAAGAUGACGCUAAACGAGCUCCAGCAGCUUACCGACCAGAUUCAGCCAAACAUGAUUCCUUGGACGGAGCUGAUUGAUCAAUUCCUUUCUCUGGGCGGCGACACGGAGUCGGGACCACCAGACGGCAGCAUGGAGGUCGUGGUGCUCGAACAAGACUUCUUGCGAAACCUCACACUGCUGCUGAACGACACAGAUAUCUCUACCGUGGCAAAUUACAUCGCCUGGCGUGUUGCCCUGAGCUCUCUGGUGCAUCUUGAUUCGGAAGCAGGGAGGAUUCGCUAUCAAUUCUACAAAACUACGGCAGGUCUGAAAGCUCCCCCACCCGUCGAACAAGGCUGCUUCAAUUGGCUGAUAGAAUCAAUGGGAGCAGGACUGAGUUAUAUCUUCAUCACAAAGUUCUUCCCACCCGACCGCAAAGACAAGGUGACUGCGAUGGCAUCCGACAUCGGCACGGCGUUCGGUCAGCGCCUAAACAACAUCACCUGGAUGGACGAGGCCACGCUGCAGCAGGCGCUGGCCAAGGUGGACCAGAUGGUGACCAACGUGGCACACCGGAACUGGAUGGCCAAUGUCACCGAGAUCGAGCAGUACUAUCAGAGUUUCGAUUUUCAGCCUGAUCAGUUCGCAAACUACGUGUCUCUGAAUCGGUUGGAACAAGGAAGGAACGUUGAUCUUCUCACCAAACCAGUGGAUCGACACACGUAUCUGGAAUACCCGAUCGUGGUGAAUGCUUUCUAUGAACAAACACUGAAUUCGAUCACCUUCCCAGCAGCGAUUCUGGCACCACCAUUCUUCGACGACGGACUUCAAGUGCUAAACUACGGCGCGAUCGGCUCGGUGGUGGGGCACGAGUACACGCACGGUUUCGACGACGUGGGCAGUCAGUUUGACGCUGUGGGAAACCUGGUCUCCUGGUGGUCGGACCAGACCUCUGCAGAGUUCCGACAGCGGGCCGACUGUGUCAGAGAUCAGUACGGCAACUACAGCCUCCCCGGACUGGAGGCGUUCACUAACGACUCUCAUGUAAACGGUCUUUUGACACUGGGGGAGAACAUUGCCGAUAACGGCGGUCUGGCGCGCGCCUACGAGGGCUACUUUGACCAGUACGUGCGCCGGCACGGGCCGGAGCCACCACUGCCGGCACUCACCAACUUCACAGCCGAGCAGCUCUUCUUCAUCGCGUUUGGUCAGAUGUGGUGCAGCAGCGAAACCCCCGAGUACCUGCACAGCCGCCUGUUGAUGGACCCGCACAGCCCGCGCCGUGUCCGCGUGCACGGUACCGUAUCCAACUCUGUCGCCUUCGCCGCCGCCUUCUCCUGUCCGACGGCGGCGCCCAUGAACCCCGAGCACAAGUGCAUCGUUUGGUGACCUGUACUGAGCGGGCAUUAUUUGAAGAUAGUCGUGCUGGAUGGUGGUGAUAUGAUGUGGUUUGCCUUUGACUGUAACAAUGAGAAACGAUAUAAAAACUAAGCUGAUAGUGGCCAAAAGGCUUGUUAUACAAUGUCAUCAUAUAUAACAAGCCUUUUGGCUUGUUAUAUGCAGGUUCUGAUAUUGAACGUAAAAAGAAAUACAUGUCUUUACAGAUUUCGAAGUCCAUCAUAUCUGGUCGUUUGGCAUGUUUUGCAUAUAUAGAAUUUCCACAUCCAGAAAUACAGCUUUUUGCU